AUGGGCUUCUCACACGUCGGCCUAACAGUCCCAGACGAUAAGUUCGAAGAGACUGUAUCCUUCUACCUAGCUGCUCUGGCACCGCUGGGAUACAAGGAGAAACUACGUCCUCAUCCCAAAGUUGUCGGUAUGGGCGUAUGCUACCCCGAGUUCUGGAUCGCUUCGUCUGCUGUUCCUAGUGCAAGCGCCAGUGAAGACGAUACAGCCACCCCAGGCAAGGAGGUUGUGUUUGGAAGUACGCACAUCGCUUUCAGUACCGGAAGUCGAGAACUUGUCCAUGCGUUCUAUGAAGCCGCGUUGAAGCAAGGAGGAAAGUCAAAUGGUGACCCCGGGGUAAGACCGCAGUAUACCAGGUUCUACUAUGCGGCGUUCGUCUUUGAUCCGGCAGGUAAUAACAUUGAAGCUGUCUGCCUGUGGCCUGCAUGGUGUCAUUGGAAGUACUGGUUUGGCAUGGGUGUGUUUGGUCGACAGAAGUCCGAGUAG